UAUAAAAAAUAUUAAUAGUUCCGGAAGCCAUUGGGGGAAGUGUCGAGGGGAUUUAUACAAGUAACAAUAAGUGUUUAUUUCCGAUUUACUAAGGAAUAUUCUUACAUGAUAUAGCCACAAGGGAUCAUCAUUUUAUUCUGACUAUUGAUAAACAUUGUGAUGAAGUUACACAGUUCGUUGUGGAUUACGAUUUUUGGACUGUUUUUAUUUGUGUCCAAAUCAAAUUCUGAACAGUUUCCUGGAACAUCAUGGGGCACAGAGAAAAAGACAUAUAUAGAUAUAGAUACUGCACAUAAUGACUUUUUAGAAGGAGAAGGCAGUGGUCAAGAAAGUACAACAAAAGAUGAUACCACGGAUGAUGAAGAUCUGAUAGACUUUGGGUCCGGAGAUAAUUCUGGAGAUGGAUCAGGUGUGUCAAAGAUCGAUCUUAUCACAACAAAAGCUCCAACAACAAAGAAGAUGACUGCAUGUCAACAGUUAAGAUCGUCAACGAAAGAUUUCUCUUCAGAUUUCUAUAUUCCUGAGUGUACAAUAACUGGUGAAUAUGAAAAACGACAGUGUGAAGGAAAAGUCGGGUCUAAAAAAUGUUGGUGUGUUGAUCCAAACGGAAGAGAAAUACCUGGAUCACAAAUGACAGAACCUGAAGUUCCAGAUUGUCAUGAAGGAAAAAAUUUGAAACCUUGUGUUUUUGAACUAUUAAAGACCAGUAGUGGUUUAUUAGGAGCACGUCAAGCACGUUGUACAUUUGAUGGUGAAUACGAAGAGAUUCAAUGUCAUGUCAGAGAAUGUUGGUGUGUUGACAAAAAAGGAAUUGAAAGAAUGGGAACACGAGUAUCCAUGACAACCUGGAAGAAAUCACCUGUUUGUGAAGAACCUAUAAAGGGAACAAUGGCUCCACCAUUACUUGAAGUUACAAAGGCUCCUGACACACCAUUCCCAUAUUAUCCAGAAACUACCAAAAAAGUUUAUCCUAUUCAUCAUGAAAAAGACAAACCAAAAUAUGAUCAUGGUGACAAAAGUGAUGACACAGAUAAUGAUGACAGAACACCAACUUCUGUUGAUGUUAAUAUUGGAGGUGGUAAAUUCGAUACUGAUUCAGAGGACAACAGUAAUAUUGACAAAUCAGAAAAUAUAAGGCCAGAUAGACCAGAGGCACAGAAAACUACCUUUUUACAGAUUAUGGCUAGUCCAGGAAUAUUAGCAGCUGUGAUUGGUGGAUCAGUGGUAGGAUUAUUAUGUGCCAUCUUACUGGUGAUGUUUAUAAUCUACAGAAUGAGAAAGAAGGACGAGGGAAGCUAUCCAUUAGAAGAACAAAGAUACACAAAUUAUUCAUAUAUGAAGGCUCCUGAAAAAGAAUUUUAUGCAUAGACUGUACACACUCAACUUGGUGCACUUAAAGACAAUAUGUUCUAAAUAGAUCUGUUUUACGGGAAAGGGGACAUAAUUCGUAUAAAGGGGAUAAUGUAGCUAAUGUGAUCAUUUGAGCUUUAAAUAGUUUGAAUUAAAAACUAGUUAUCUUUGAAAACUGAGUUUACAUACUAACAAAGAGAAAAUUAGUGUUUAAAAACUAAUGUAAUAUUUAUAUUGAUACAUUGUAUAUUCAGAUGAUGUAGCUGUGUGUACAAAUAUUAAAUAUAUCUUCUGUUUUUUCGAUACAUAUAAAUAUAUGUUAUUCAUUCUACAGUAUUUCGUUUCUCAAAAAGUAAAGUUGCUUAAUAUGUGCAGCAUAACAACUUUAUUAAACAAACUGUAUGUUGAUGUAGAAUGAACACUAUACUGGAUGGACUUUUACAAGAUUUUACACAAAGUAGUUAAUCAAAAUAGCAGUUAUACUUCAUUGUUCUGAUGAACAUAAAAUGUUGUAGUUAAGGGUUGAAUUAUAGGUCCUUUAAUAUUUUGAAAAUAUAUGAAUGAUAUGUAUUGUUCUGUAAUGCCAUUAUAUUUGGUCACAAUGUGUGUGUUUCGUAUAGCAGUUUCAGGAGUAGGAACUAUUUUAACUAUCAGGGAGAUUCUUCAGAAAAAAGAUAAACCUUUAUCCCAUUUAGGAUAUGCUGUAAAAAUAUGCAUGUAUGUGCUAGUGAUAAUGCCUAUAUUAGAUAUAUGUGUGAUUUUAGUAGAUUGGAAAUACACAAGAUUGAACAAAGUGAAACUUUUUAGAAAAAUUCAUGGAAAAUGAGGCAUUCAUCAUCAAGAUGAAAGCUCAAGAAAAAAAGUCAGUGCAUUUGAUUUUUUAGUUGUGGUACAAAUGUAUAUCUCAAUAGAAAGGCGAUUUUUACUUGAACAAUUUGUAAAUAUGUAACAAGAGAGUAACAUUUUUAAAUUGUAUUUGUUUUAGUUUUAUAUUUAUAUGUUUUUCAUCAUGUAGACAUUGAAAAUGUACAAUAUUGAUCAUAUUUGUCAUUGUUUGUAAUGUAUUGUUUGAAAAUUGAAAUUCAAUGCAACAAGUCAACGAGAUAAUUUAACUUAAGAAAGAAAACAUUUCCAGAAUUUACUCAAAAUUAAAAUUUGAUAUUUGAAAAAAACUAAAACCUCUGACAUCAAAUCAGCUUAUAAGACAGAAAAACAAGAUAGCAAUUGAAAUGGCUUAUCAAUCAUGAUGACAAAAUAAUUUUAAUGUGAUAUUAUGCAAUGAAUUUCAAUUUUUUAUUGUGUUAUUAUAAUGUAUGAAUAACCUAGGAAAUCCUAUUUCCUCUGUCAAAGUUUUAACCCAAAAGUUUCAUGAACAAAACUUUAUAGCUAUUUUAGAAAUUUUCUUUUACAAACUUCUUUUAUAAAACAAUUGAAUUUUAUACAAAUGUUCAUAUUUUUUACCAGACAACUUUUUAACUUAGAAUGUGAUGUUAUAAUUUGGUUGUAAAAGUAUGCAAUAUGGAUUGCAUCUUUUAAACAUUUUUUUGUGGUUUACGGUUGUACCAAAUUAGUGAUAUUUUUAUUGAUUUAUUUUUUAAAUGAAUGAAAUUUUUACCAUCAGUUUCCUUUUGGACACACUAAUGUUUUUUUACUUUGAUGUAACAUUAUACAAGCAUACAAAAAAAAAAACCCCCAUAAAUAUGUAAGAUUAUGUAUUUUAACAUUUGUAGAAUAAAAUUUUAACUCGUUCUUUUUUUUUCAUUUUUAGCAACAUUCCAAAAAGAAAACAUUUUAUCGGAUUCAUUUAUUUCGGUUGGAUACAAAGAAAAAAAAUAUGACUUAUUCAUAGCUGACUAUCUAAACAUGUUUUUAUUCGGAAUAGUUAAAAGAGCGUUUACAGAUGUUUUGAAUGCACUUAAUGUGUUUGUUAUAAGUUACUUUGUGCCUGCUUUAAAAAUAUCUCAGCUGUGAUACUUUAAAGAAAUAAAAGAUGUUUUUCACAAGGGAGAUAAUUAGAAGGUAUUAGAUCACAUGCCUCUUGAACCUCUAACAUUCAUUUAAAGAUGACACUUUUUUCCCAGAUAAAAAAUACAGGUGAAAAUUUUUGCACUUCUAUAUAACAUUGGUGAUAAUUAUUUGUCAUACAGCAAUAAAUGUAGGAUGUAUAUGUACAUGUAUUUGUAAUAUGACCUUUGAACUUCCUUCGAGGUAAACCACAGGAUUUUAAUCUGCAUGUUAGUCAUAUAGACAUGUCACUGUUUAUGAAAAACCUGUAAAAAAAAAGAUCUCUUUUCUUACCUAAAAGAUUUUAGGGGUUCAAAUAGAUACAAAAUUACGGGACAAAAUUUGUUCUGCAAUACGAAAAAGACUGGCAGAGGUCUGAAGUGAGGCCAAACAAACGAAAAAGACUGGCAGAGGUCUGAAGUGAGGCCAAACAAACGAAAAAGACUGGCAGAGGUCUGAAGUGAGGCCAAACAAACGAAAAAGACUGGCAGAGGUCUGAAGUGAGGCAAACAAACACAAAUACUUGUAGUAUAUGUUUUUUAUUUGUCAUUUGACACAAGUUUUUUAUGAUAGUGCUUAAAAUAUUUGAUACAAAACAUAUAAAUAGUGUACCCAUAGUUAGAAUAUUUAUAGAACAGGGAAUAACUUUGUAAUUUUGUUUGAAUUAUAUGUUGACAGUUUUUCACUUGGAUCAGAACGAAAAUGAUUUUAUUUAUAUUGAAGCUUAGAAAUGACCAAGCUAUAUUUCUUUCUUGCAGAAUAGAAAAAUCACUAGUUUGACAUUUUGUCCUUUGAUCUAGUAACCUUUUGUCCAACAAUUCAAGUUUUUGGAAUCCAGUUUGCAACAAAUUAAUAUGUAAUGAUGCUUGUUGAUAACCAUGAUUGAGAAUUUUUUGUGAUAAUUUAGAAAUCUUUAAAAAAAAUCCUGAAAAAAUCUGAAAAAUGUCAACAUAUAAAUAACUUUGAUUAGGGCAAAUAAUUUUUAUGUAUUGUUGAUUUGAUUCUGAUAUAUUUUACCAAAUGAACCACUGUUCAAUAAUAUUGCAAAAUGAGUAAACUUUAAAGGUAUGUGUGUGUGUAUAUAUAUAUGGAUAAUCCCACCGAUACUAGUUGGAGAUAUUUUUUCCUAUAACCACAACAUGUGCAGUACAUGAAAAUGAUAAUACUGUUUCCUUGAGAAAAAACAUUUUUUCCCAAAGACAUCAAGUACUUAGUUUAUAUAAAUGGGAAUUCACUUUUAUUUUAUUUUAUUUUUUAUAUAAGAAUUCAUCAACUGAUGAUUUUUUUUUAAUUGAUAAUGCCGUUUUCCUGAAAUUGUAAAAUGUCUGUUAAUUUUUUUUAUUUUUGUUAUAUAUGAAGAGUGACUAGAUUUUCAUUAAAAUAAAAAAAAAAAAUAUCCUUAACUAAUAAAAUAAUCCUUAACUGUUUUUUUUUUUAUCACCUACAAUAUUUUUUUGAGCCUGUGAUUUUUCAAGGAAUACAUAGUAUUAUAGAGAAAAUAUAUCUCCCGAUGUUCAUGUCAUGUUUUUCAAAACAUGGAAUAAAAGCAGCAAUUUUUUUAACAAUAGGGUGGUUUUAUAAUCUCAUUUCACACAUCAACCAUAACUGUCUGGUGAAAAACCUAUUGAAUGAUUGAGUUAUAAGUACAUAUUUUCUAAAUACCAAUCUUUUAUUUUGUGAUAUUAUUUGUGUUGUUAAGUUAUUUUUAGAACAAAGACAAAAACUUCCUUCAAUGUUUUCAUAUUUUUCCAUAGAGAAUCAGGUCCAAAGAAGGUCAACAUGGUCAAAGUUGAUGUGUUUUUUUACAAGCCAGUCACAUUUGAUUUCCAGGACUUAUGUCUUUUCAGUUAAAUAACUUAAUAGAUGCUGUUUAAAUGAUAAUAUACAAAUGUUUUGCCAACUAGCUCUGUUGAGUAUACUAUUGUUUCUGUAAAUUUUGUUUGCUACAAUUUUUGCUUGUUUACCAACAAUGGUUAUUUUCUACGAUACUUAUAUUCGCCAUGAUGUCACGGUUAUUUUCUACGAUACUUAUAUUCACCAUGAUGUCACAUGUCUACAUCAAUGCAUUAAAUUAAAAUGCCUACUUAAAUUUAUAGUUAGUUCUCCAAGUCAAAAACUCUACUGUUACUUAAUCGGUUUUAAACUCUUUAAAAAAUUAGGAUUAGUAAAGGAUGUCACAGAAACUUCUACUUAAAUAAAGAGUAAAAAAAACAACAUUAAUUUGAAAUAUUGACAAAAAUUUGAAGAAUACAAAUUUUGCCUAGGAACAAAUUAAAGCAUUAUAAUCUACCUCUUACCAUCUGGGAAUAACUAUGUUGAUCUUCAACUUCAUCUGUUUAUUUCUGACGAUUCUGUUCUUCCAAAUAUAGUUACCUCAUGUUCAUAAACUGUACAUAAAUAACAUGAAAUAAAUGUCUUAUUUUCAAUAA